GUUGACAGAUGUAUAAUUUAUCAAAGACCAACUUAGUCCUUGAUAUUUACAGUUUAUAGGAGAGAGAGACGAGUUUACAUUUUGUUGUGUUUACAAUUUGUUGGCUUCCUUGUUCUUUCUUGCCCAAUUCCCAAGUUCCCAUGUCUUUUUAAAAUAUAUUAUAAUCACAUUCAAAAUGAGGGUCUUUAUGGCAGAAGAUAAUCUCUGUGCACAAAAUUUGUUGAAAUUAGUGUCUCACGGCAAUGCCAUUAUAGCAGAGAUAUUGAGAUUGAAGGAUCAUAAGCCGUCCGUUUAUCUACUGGACACUAAAGAAUUACAGCAAAAGUAUCAAGAUAUAAUUAUGGAUUUUAGCUAUUUUAAAAUUUCUGAUGCUCAAGAAAAGAAAAUCAGUAUGAAUAUGAAACUUCAAGAUCUUGAUGAUGACUUAAAAGAACAAUACUUAGAAUUAAUUAAUCGGUUCUAUCUACUUUUCGAAAACAUCUAUCAAUAUAUUGUAGAUUUGAAUUCAUUUGUUGAUCAACUAAAUGAUGGAGCUUUUAUACAACAAAAUAUUGAAACUGUAAUGAGGGAUGUAGAAGGGAAACAACUUUUGUGUGAAUCAUUGUAUUUGUAUGGGGCUAUGCUUUUAAUAUGUGAUCUCUUUAUCCCUGGCCCAAUAAGAGAAAGAUUAUUGGUAGCAUUCUAUAGAUACAGUACUAGCCAGUCUCAAUCAAAUGUGGAUGAUGUCUGUAAACUGUUGCGGGACACUGGCUAUGAUCAGCAACAUGGGAAAAGGCCUUCUGACUACCCUACUGAAUUUUUCAGUCGUGUCAUAAUUCGCCCCGACUUUAUUGAAAAAGUUGUUGGAAAAUUACGAUCAGAAGACAUUUACAAUCAGCUUGCUGUGUACACCAUUCCAGAGCACCAGGCGUCAGCGCUCGCCACGCAAGCCAGCAUGCUUGUUGUCUGUUUGUUCUUUGUGCCACACUACUUACACACUGAUACUUCUAAAAUGCGCGAAAUAGCAGACAAAUUCUUUCCUUCAAACUGGAUAAUCCCAAUCUAUAUGGGGGUAACAUUAAAUUUAAUUGAUUACUGGGAAAAUUUCAAAGCUGCAAAACUAGCACUGGGAAAUACAUGCAACACCAAGAUUGUCAAAGAACUAUUUAUGAAAAGAGGCAGCUCAGUUCCUAUGUUGAUAAGUAAAAUGCACCAUUUGUUGAAACAAGGCACAUUAACAGAUGAUUUUGUCCUAGACAACAUUAACAAAAUAUUAAAUCUGCUUCUCAACUCAAACCUUGUGAUAAGAUGGCUGCUCUUACACAAUAGUGAUGUUAUAUUUUUUGAUAACAACAAGAAAAGCAAGCAACUACGAGAUAUAGUAUUGAAAGAAUCUAAUUAUGAUCCUCUAAAAAUACUGGAGUUGCUUAUAAGCACAGCAGAAUUAGAAUUAAAAGUAAGAGAAAUUCUUAACAAGUUGUUAGAAACUCGAAAUGAUGUUUGGGAUUCCAAUAAAGCCCUUGCAUUGGAAGGUAUAAAUAGUUUGUCAGAGCUUUUUUCUGGAGCGAAACCAGUUAUAAAAGUUCAGGAAAAUGAACAAUUGAAAUUAUGGUUCGACAACAUUGCAAAGCAGAUAUCUUCAUUGAAUGAGCCUAUUACAAGCAAAACCAUCAAGAAAAUCACACAGCUCCUGCAGGCCUUAGAUGAAGUUGAAGAAUUUCAUGGAAUAAAAAGCACUUCAACAAUUGUUCAGUUUCUUUCUGAAAGCAAAGAUGCGUUAAAAAAUCUUCUCAGAGCUGCGUCUUUGAAAGAGGAUUCAUUAGUUACUUUAGAAACAAUAGCAGAUGUCAGCUAUGCCUGGUGUACGAUUGAUCUAUAUACCAAGUUUAUGCAAGACAGUAUCAAGGAAAACCCAGCUGUAACAAGCAGACUGAGAGCUUUGUUCUUAAAAUUAGCAAGUGCCAUGGAAAUUCCACUUCUCAGGACCAACCAAGCACACAGCGACGAUUUGGUCUCUGUCUCGCAAUAUUACAGUAAUGAGUUAAUUAAGUAUAUACAAAAAGUACUUCAAAUAAUUCCCGAGAUGGUAUUUAGUAUAGUAGAAAAAAUAAUUGAUCUUCAGACAUGGACAAUAAAGGAGGUCCCCACAAGACUUGAAAAGGAAAAGUUGAGGGAGCAUGCACAAUUAGAACAUAGAAUGGAAGUUGCUAAACUGACACAUUCAGCUUCAACUUUUACUACAGGAAUUUUGGACAUGAGAUCAACAUUAGUUGGUGUUAUAAGAGUGGACCCAGCAGAGUUGUUGGAAGAAGGUUUGUUAAAGGAAUUAGAUAAACAUAUAAGUAAAAAGUUUGUAGAAUUUUUGGAACCACAACAGAAAAAGUCCCUUGCCACAUCCAAUAACUUACUACCUCGAUUGCAAAAGUUAGCCGAAAGUAUGGAUGGCUACAAAAGAUCUUUGGAAUAUAUUCAGGAUUACAUAAAUAUUCAUGGAUUGAGAAUUUGGCAGAAACAGGUGUCCACCAUAAUCAAUGAGAGUGUUACUAAAGAAAUCAGCUUGCGUAAAGGUGUUGAAUUAUACAGUCCAUCUGCUGGGUUCAUGGGGAGUCUCGCCAGGCAAAUCGUACAACUAACAGAGGCAAGAGUUUGCACUUAUAUCAGUAUAUGUUCCGCAUGGUUUGAUGUAAAAACUCAAAAUGAAAUUGUCAACACUAAAACGUUUGCUAAACUUAAUGACGCCAUCGGUGUCGUAGGUCUGCACGGACUAGACACGUUAUAUGGAUUUAUGAUAAAAAAUCAAUUACAAAACAUGCAACAAAUAUUUAGGAAUGCACAAGACAAAAUAGUUAUGGUAAAUACUAAUAUGGAUGUAAAGGAAAUUGAACAAAUUAUAACAAAAAACCAAAAAAGUUUGCAACAAUUGACAGAAAUGACUGUUCUUAUUGGGAGCCUACAAGUGCUCAGGAGGCAUAUAGCAUAUCAAUUGAACACCAGUUGCAAGUUUGAUUCUGCACAGUUAGAAGCGUCUUUGCGAACUGUGAAUGAGUCGAUUAUAAACAAAUUGAAAGUUUCAAGCAACUCAGAAGGAAUACCAAAAGUUUCUUCAGCAUUGAUUCACCAUUUAGAAGAAUAUUUGGUCAGAUGUGGGAUUUACGAGCCGUUCGACAAAAUUUACGUAAAAAACGCUACUGAACUUCUGCAUGCAGACAUGGGUCGAAUUAUGGCUGUUCUUUUAAUUUCACAAUUAUCAAGACUGCAGAUAUGUUAUACUUCAGGAGAUUUAAUUACAAGAAAGGCUGGGGAGAAUAUUGAUGGCUAUCCACUUAUAGUGGGUAUUUACACUGUGUUACAUCAGACUAGAACAGAAAAUGUUGAUGUAUUUAUUGAUUUCAUGUGCCAUUAUGUUAGGAAUACUACAGUUUCAAAGACAAAAUCAUCUGAUGUAACAAUUGAAGGUGCAUACAUUGUGAGGAUCAUGGUACUCUUUUGUGAAACAUUUAACAUUCCUUUUACUAAACUGGAAGAUAAACUACCCUUGGUUUUACUCACCCAUACAUUACAGAAAUGAAACAAUAUUUCCGUAAAUUAUAUUCUUAAGUUCUAAUAUAUUGUUAAAUAAUACAUAAUAUAUUGUGUUUAAAUAAAUAUUUACAUGCUUAAAAA